AUGGAGAGGAAAAAAAAAGAAAAAAAAAAAAAACCACCGCGCAAACCCCCCCCGACGGGCGGCUCCGACCGCGCAAAACCCCCCCCCUCCGACGGGCGGCUCCGACCGCGCAAAACCCCCCCCUCCGACGGGCGGCUCCGACCGCGCAAAAACCCCCCCUCCGACGGGCGGCUCCGACCGCGCAAAACCCCCCCCUCCGACGGGCGGCUCCGACCGCGCAAAAACCCCCCCUCCGACGGGCGGCUCCGACCGCGCAAAAACCCCCCCUCCGACGGGCGGCUCCGACCGCGCAAAAACCCCCCCUCCGACGGGCGGCUCCGACCGCGCAAAAACCCCCCCUCCGACGGGCGGCUCCGACCGCGCAAAAACCCCCCCUCCGACGGGCGGCUCCGACCGCGCAAAAACCCCCCCUCCGACGGGCGGCUCCGACCGCGCAAAAACCCCCCCUCCCGACGGGCGGCUCCGACCGCGCAAAAACCCCCCCUCCCGACGGGCGGCUCCGACCGCGCAAAAACCCCCCCUCCGACGGGCGGCUCCGACCGCGCAAAAACCCCCCCUCCGACGGGCGGCUCCGACCGCGCAAAAACCCCCCCUCCGACGGGCGGCUCCGACCGCGCAAAAACCCCCCCUCCGACGGGCGGCUCCGACCGCGCAAAAACCCCCCCUCCGACGGGCGGCUCCGACCGCGCAAAAACCCCCCCUCCGACGGGCGGCUCCGACCGCGCAAAAACCCCCCCUCCGACGGGCGGCUCCGACCGCGCAAAAACCCCCCCUCCGACGGGCGGCUCCGACCGCGCAAAAACCCCCCCCUCCGACGGGCGGCUCCGACCGCGCAAAAACCCCCCCUCCGACGGGCGGCUCCGACCGCGCAAAAACCCCCCCUCCGACGGGCGGCUCCGACCGCGCAAAAACCCCCCCUCCGACGGGCGGCUCCGACCGCGCAAAAACCCCCCCUCCGACGGGCGGCUCCGACCGCGCAAAAACCCCCCCUCCGACGGGCGGCUCCGACCGCGCAAAAACCCCCCCUCCGACGGGCGGCUCCGACCGCGCAAAAACCCCCCCUCCGACGGGCGGCUCCGACCGCGCAAAAACCCCCCCUCCGACGGGCGGCUCCGACCGCGCAAAAACCCCCCCUCCGACGGGCGGCUCCGACCGCGCAAAAACCCCCCCUCCGACGGGCGGCUCCGACCGCGCAAAAACCCCCCCUCCGACGGGCGGCUCCGACCGCGCAAAAACCCCCCCUCCGACGGGCGGCUCCGACCGCGCAAAAACCCCCCCUCCGACGGGCGGCUCCGACCGCGCAAAAACCCCCCCUCCGACGGGCGGCUCCGACCGCGCAAAAACCCCCCCUCCGACGGGCGGCUCCGACCGCGCAAAAACCCCCCCUCCGACGGGCGGCUCCGACCGCGCAAAAACCCCCCCUCCGACGGGCGGCUCCGACCGCGCAAAAACCCCCCCUCCGACGGGCGGCUCCGACCGCGCAAAAACCCCCCCUCCGACGGGCGGCUCCGACCGCGCAAAAACCCCCCCUCCGACGGGCGGCUCCGACCGCGCAAAAACCCCCCCUCCGACGGGCGGCUCCGACCGCGCAAAAACCCCCCCUCCGACGGGCGGCUCCGACCGCGCAAAAACCCCCCCUCCGACGGGCGGCUCCGACCGCGCAAAAACCCCCCCUCCGACGGGCGGCUCCGACCGCGCAAAACCCCCCCCUCCGACGGGCGGCUCCGACCGCGCAAAACCCCCCCCUCCGACGGGCGGCUCCGACCGCGCAAAAACCCCCCCUCCGACGGGCGGCUCCGACCGCGCAAAAACCCCCCCCUCCGACGGGCGGCUCCGACCGCGCAAAAACCCCCCCUCCCGACGGGCGGCUCCGACCGCGCAAAAACCCCCCCUCCCGACGGGCGGCUCCGACCGCGCAAAAACCCCCCCUCCCGACGGGCGGCUCCGACCGCGCAAAAACCCCCCCUCCCGACGGGCGGCUCCGACCGCGCAAAAACCCCCCCUCCCGACGGGCGGCUCCGACCGCGCAAAAACCCCCCCUCCGACGGGCGGCUCCGACCGCGGCACUCCCUUAAUACGACAGUGACUCCCCAAUGGACUGUACCUGUUGUGAGCAGCAGGACAAGUGGCCCUUUCGAGCCCACUCUUAUGUAG